AUGAAGCUCUACACACACUGCAGUAUUUACUGAGUCUAUAAAGACUGAGGAGGGACCGGGGACAGGAGGGGUCUCUGGUUAGAAGCUGCUCCAUGACUCCUCACCUGAUCCCAGCAGAGAAGGCAGAGCCUGUGCCAGGCCCCGCUCCUGCCCCUGCCGAGGCUUCCGGAGUUCCCGGAGAAGCCCCGACCUCAGCCACUGAGGUAGAAGGAGACUCCCCAAGUCUCGAAGGAUCAAGUUCAGCAGCCCCCGAUGGCCACAGUGCCCCUGAUGACCCAAUCGGCCUGUUUGUGACACGGCCACAGGAUGGCGAGGUGACUGUGGGUGGCAGCAUCACCUUCUCAGCCCAUGUGGCUGGGGCCAGCCUUCUGAAACCACCUAUGGUCAAAUGGUUUAAGGGCAAGUGGGUGGACCUGAGCAGCAAGGUGGGCCAACACCUGCAGCUCCAUGACAGCUACGACCGGGCCAGCAAGGUCUACUUGUUCGAGCUGCACAUCUCAGAUGCCCAGGCCACAUUUGCUGGUGGCUACCGCUGUGAGGUGUCCACCAAGGACAAAUUCGACAGCUGCAACUUCAAUCUCACAGUCCACGAGGCCAUUGGCCCUGGAGACCUGGACCUCCGAUCAGCUUUCCGCCGCACGAGCCUGGCUGGAGGUGGUCGUCGGAUCAGUGACAGCCACGAGGAUGCUGGGAUUCUGGACUUCAGUUCACUGCUGAAGAAGAGAGACAGUUUCCGGACCCCACGGGACUCGAAGCUGGAGGCUCCGGCGGAGGAGGACGUGUGGGAGAUCCUGCGGCAGGCGCCGCCGUCGGAGUACGAGCGCAUCGCCUUCCAGCACGGCGUCACGGACCUGCGCGGCAUGCUCAAGCGGCUCAAGGGCAUGAAGCGCGACGAGAAGAAGAGCACAGCCUUUCAGAAGAAGCUGGAGCCCGCCUACCAGGUGAGCAAGGGCCACAGGAUCCGGCUGACCGUGGAGCUGGCAGACCCGGAUGCUGAGGUCAAAUGGCUUAAGAAUGGACAGGAGAUCCAGAUGAGUGGCAGCAAGUACAUCUUCGAGUCCAAUGGCGCCAAGCGCACCCUGACCAUCAGCCAGUGCGCGCUGGCGGAUGACGCGGCCUACCAGUGCGUGGUGGGCGAGGACAAGUGCAGCACCGAGCUCUUUGUCAAAGAGCCCCCAGUGCUGAUCACGCGGCCCCUGGAGGACCAGCUGGUGAUGGUGGGUCAGCGAGUGGAGUUUGAGUGCGAAGUCUCUGAGGAGGGGGCUCAGGUCAAAUGGCUGAAGGAUGGGGUGGAACUGACCCGGGAGGAGACCUUCAAAUACCGAUUCAAGAAGGACGGCCAGAAACACCACUUGAUCAUCAACGAGGCGACGCUGGAGGACGCUGGGCAUUACGCACUGCGCACCAGUGGGGGCCAGGCGCUGGCCGAGCUCAUCGUGCAGGAGAAAAAGCUGGAGGUGUACCAGAGCAUCGCGGACUUGACCGUGGGUGCAAAGGACCAGGCCGUGUUCAAGUGUGAGGUGUCAGAUGAGAACGUGCGGGGUGUGUGGCUGAAAAACGGGAAGGAGCUGGUGCCUGACAGCCGAAUAAAAGUGUCCCACAUUGGGCGGGUCCACAAACUGACCAUUGACGACGUCACACCUGCAGACGAGGCUGACUACAGCUUUGUGCCUGAGGGCUUCGCCUGCAACCUGUCCGCCAAGCUCCACUUCAUGGAGGUCAAGAUUGACUUCGUGCCCAGGCAAGAACCUCCCAAGAUCCACCUGGACUGCCCAGGCCGCACAUCGGAUACCAUCGUGGUCGUGGCUGGGAACAAGCUACGCCUGGACGUCCCUAUUUCUGGGGACCCUGCUCCCACUGUGAUCUGGCAGAAGACAAUCACACAGGGGAAAAAGGUUCCUGCCGGACCAGCCCUAGAUGCCCCGGGGGAUGCAGGUGCCAGUGAGGAGUGGGUGUUUGACAAGAAGCUGCUGUGUGAGACCGAGGGUCGGGUCCGAGUGGAGACCACCAAGGACCGCAGCAUCUUCACGGUUGAGGGGGCAGAGAAGGAAGACGAGGGCGUCUACACCGUCACGGUGAAGAACCCUGUGGGCGAGGACCAGGUCAACCUGACAGUCAAGGUCAUCGAUGUGCCAGACGCCCCUGCAGCCCCCAAGAUCAGUAACGUGGGCGAGGACUCCUGCACGGUGCAGUGGGAGCCGCCUGCCUAUGACGGCGGGCAGCCAGUCCUGGGCUACAUCCUGGAGCGCAAGAAGAAGAAGAGCUACCGGUGGAUGCGGCUGAACUUCGACCUGCUGCGGGAGCUGAGACACGAGGCGAGGCGCAUGAUUGAGGGCGUGGUUUAUGAGAUGCGCGUCUACGCAGUCAACGCCAUCGGCAUGUCCAGGCCCAGCCCCGCCUCCCAGCCCUUCAUGCCUGUGGGGCCCCCCAGUGAGCCCACCCACCUGGCAGUGGAGGAUGUCUCUGAUACCACUGUCUCCCUCAAGUGGCGGCCCCCGGAGCGUGAGGGAGCCGGAGGCCUGGACGGCUACAGUAUGGAGUACUGCCAAGAGGGCUGCUCAGAGUGGGUGCCUGCCCUGCAGGGGCUGACAGAGCGCACAUCCAUACUGGUCAAGGACUUGCCCACUGGGGCCCGGCUGCUCUUCCGGGUGCGGGCGCACAAUGUGGCAGGGCCUGGAGCCCCUGUCACCACCAAGGAGCCCGUGACGGUGCAGGAGAUACUGCAGCGGCCACGGCUCCAGCUGCCCAGGCACCUACGCCAGACCAUCCAGAGGAGGGUUGGGGAGCCCGUGAACCUCCUCAUUCCUUUCCAGGGCAAGCCCCGGCCUCAGGUGACCUGGACCAAAGAGGGGCAGCCACUGGCCAGCGAGGAGGUGAGCAUCCGAAACAGCCCUACGGACACCAUCCUGUUUAUCCGGGCCGCUUGCCGCACCCACUCUGGCACCUACCAGGUGGCGCUGCGCAUUGAGAACAUGGAGGACAAGGCGACGCUGGUCCUGCAGGUCAUUGACAAGCCAAGUCCUCCAGUGGACAUUCGGGUCACAGAAACGUGGGGUUUCAAUGUGGCUUUGGAGUGGAAGCCACCCCAAGAUGAUGGCAACACAGAGAUCUUGGGUUACACAGUACAGAAAGCUGACAAGAAGACCAUGGAGUGGUUCACUGUCUUGGAGCACUACCGCGGUACCCACUGCGUGGUGUCAGAACUUAUCAUUGGCAAUGGCUACUACUUCCGGGUCUUCAGUCAUAACAUGGUGGGGCCCAGUGACAGUGCCGCCACCACCAAGGAGCCCGUCUUCAUCCCUAGACCAGGCAUCACAUAUGAGCCACCCAACUACAAAGCCCUGGACUUUUCUGAGGCCCCAAGCUUCACUCACCCCUCAGUCAUCGCCGGCUACAAUGCUGUCCUCUGCUGUGCCGUCCGGGGUAGCCCCAAGCCCAAGGUUUCCUGGUUCAAGAAUGGUCUGGACCUGGGAGAAGAUGCCCGCUUCCGCAUGUUCAGCAAGCAGGGAGUGUUGACCCUGGAGAUCAGAAAGCCCUGCCCCUUUGACGGGGGUGUCUAUGUCUGCAGGGCCACCAACUUACAAGGCGAGGCACAGUGUGAGUGCCGCCUAGAGGUGCGAGGUGAGGAACCCACUGGGCCAGAGCCUAGGGUGGCGGAGGAGGCAGGACACCAGCUGGGACUCUGUUUCCUGGCCCAACAGCUGCUCUGGCUGAAAGGGCAAUGACCUUGCCAUGUCCAGAUGGGUUCUGGCUUCUGGGCUCUGUUGCUAGAGCUGCUCCCUCAGCCUCCCAGAAUCUGGGAGGACGCACAUGGUGCUGGAAGGUGCAGCACACAAAUGACAUGGCCUCCUUCUCUCCUGCAGUGCCUCAGUGACCAGGCUGGCUCACCAGGGAUGGCCAGGUAUGUACUCCAGACCACCCUGACAAUCGGGGCCCAAAUCAGAGGCUGAGCCCUGGCCCUUGGUCCAGGAGCGGCCAUCAGAAAAUGAGGGUGCCGGUGGCUCUUAGCAAGGUUUCAGUCCAGUUCACUCACAAGGGAACCUGUGUCACAGGUGCAACCAGAUGCCGGCCCAUGUGCCAGGAGCCUGGAAGGAAGCGGACAAGCUACCUUCCUGCUGUUGGAUGUGUGUGUGCAAGUGUGCAUCUUGGGGCUGGGCUGGGGGAGGCAUCGGUAGCACAGUAUAGUUGCAAGCAGGUGUGGAAGGGACUCUACGCAGACUGACCUGUCAGAGCGCCUGUUGGAAACUUUCAGAUCUUCUGGGUGAAAAAUGAGUGGGCUCAGGAAAUGAUGGCUGCAGACCGGUCUUUCUGGCCUGUCGUGUUUCUUAGUGUAUAAGGGCAAUAAAAGAUCAGUGCACUCACAGAGAACUGACUCUUGUUUUCACACAAAGCACAGAAUUUAGUUGAUCUUCAGAGCAAACUAUAGGUAGGUAUCCUGUCUCCCAGAAGAGUGAAAUAAGGCCCGGCCGGAGUGGAAUCCCAAGUUCAUAAAAUGUUAAUGCUAGAAGGAACCUCAGUCUUCCCUCACUGCAUAUAGUCUUCAAAUGAGGAAACUGAGGAGCUGUGACAGGAAAGUGUAUUAGCAACACAGCCCGAAGCCCAGGGCUCUCCUUCCUGGUCUCAUGCGCUCAAUACUAUCUUUGGCCUGGUGACCCGUGGUCACAGCAGCCCAGAUGUGGGGCACUGCUGAAUCUCGAUAUGGUUCUGUGCCCAUAAGGCCUGGAGUGGAGCUGCACUGGGCUGUUUUGGGGACCCAGUGGUUAACAAGCCCAAAGCCCAUGUACACCCGUAUCCCAUUGGGAGAGAGUGACCCUCUCCAGCACAAGACACUGGGAACCAGGAAGAUGUAGGGCUAGGGCUAUACUCUGCUCUUCCUUCCCCCAGAGGGAGCCCGGACCUGAUCAUCAGUUUCCUUUUUGGAGGAGGAAGCCAGCAGUUCUCAGAGGUGCCCUGAUAGAGUGUGGAGGGUCCUUCCUGCCCAGAAUACCAGGUUGUUCUAUGGCAUAGAAAAAAAUUCCAAGAGGGCUGGUCCCAGGGCUGCUUCUCAGAAUUCUACCCAAUCUAAGACACUCCUGGCCAAGAUCCCAGAGCUCAGGGAUCCAGGGUCUGUAGGAGGCCCUGGCCAAGUCAAGGAAAACCAGGAGCUGGGCCCCCGGCUUGGUUCCUCCACUGCUAAAUUCAUUUCUGCUCAGGUGUCAAAGCCAGUUUGGCUGCUCCCUCUAGUGGCCAAUUCCUAGUACAGCAGCCCUCUACAGGCCCUGAGGUGGCAAAGGGAAGCCUUCUCCCACUGCCCCUCUCUGGGAGCCCAGAAGCCUGGUGAGGAGGCCCGCUGGGCCAGA